GCAAUUUCUGUUCGUUACCGUAUCUGCCUUUUACAAGAAUUUUAGUAUUUUUCAAAUUUAACUGUAAUUCUAAAUUUCUAAUACAGGUAUUUUUGAUUUGUGAAGUUUUCCAGCUAAGGUUGUUUCUGUUUGUAUGUAGUGUUCGUAUUCUUUCUAUUUUUGUCUUUUUUAUACGCUCUACGAGGUUUCUUAUAGAGAGAGAGAGAGAGAGGAAUUUAUUUCCCUUUGACAGAGAGAGAAGACCAGCACUAUCGCCAAGUCUCCCAUUGAUGAGCUCCCGAGCUUUCCCGCGAUAUCAAUAAUCUAUUUCGAUCCCAUUUGCUCGUCUAGAUCUCGCCGUCUCCCUGUUGACAAUCCUGGUCCAGAAGAUUUCUCGAUUUCCCCGCAUUCCUAAUUAUUCCAGGAAUUGUUUUUUUCUGGAAAAAGGAACAGCUGGAGGUUGAAAGUCCCACAUAUACACACGCACGCGCACAACCCAAAGAGGCCAAAUGCGCGUGGACAAGUGGAGCUUCUCGAAGUCAAAAUACGAGAUCCGAACCAAGUCUCCGUUCAAAGCCUUGGGUUUGCGCCAUCCUUCGCAGGAAAAUUCAGCUAUGCGCAUAUUCAUACUAGGACGAGAUUGUCUGGGCUAUAUUAUGGGCUCGUGGUACGGUCUGUUGGAUAAUUGGCUGAUUUUUAAGGCUGUUUGAGAGUCUUAAUUUAAUCAUUGAUAUUUUUUUGGGGUUACUGGGUGUUGUUGUUCUGGGGCGGAGAUUACAGGUUGUUGCUAAGGAUUUGUUGGGUCGUAGCCUCGUAGGCAUUACUUGUUUUGUUUAAAUCCGUGUGGUUUCUCUCGUAUUACUCAACCUUGCAUUCCUUCAUUUUUUUUUUCCUUUAUUAUUAUUUUUUUCUCUCGAAGUUUUUAUUUAUUUAUUUUCUUGUUGUCGCUUCUUUGUUUUUUUUUUUUGGUUUCAUUUAUUUAUUAUUAUUAUUAUUAUUUUCAAAUACUGGGUUUGUAAUAAGCUUCUGUUCUGGGGUUCUGCUUUUAUAGAUUGGUAUUGCUUUUUAUUUUUUAUUUUUCCUCUUUCUGGGUGUUUGUGUUAAAAAUUUUGUGAACUUUUGGGGGGUUAAUAGAAACUGUGUAUUUCUCAGAGAGGAAAUACUUUUGUAGGAGGUGAUUUAGUUCUUCUUGGUCAGUAGGUUUUGAAAUUUUUAAGGGGUGUGGUUCUGGGUAUUUGUUUUAGGCACUAAUCCUUGAAGAAGCUGCAUUUACUAGUUAGAGAAUUUGGUUUGGAAGGAGCAAAUUGUAGUUGCUUUGUUGGGGGCUUCUCGGUGUUUUUCUGAUAUUGGUAUAGGGCUUAGUGAGAGCUUGCAGUUCUUGUUGUCGAGGGAAUAAGAAUGCCGGGUGGUGGAAAGAGAAGGCUGCGUUUAAGCAAGCUCUACUCAUUCAGAUGUGGGAAGACAUCUAUGAAGGAUGAUGACCAUUCACAGAUUGGGGGACCAGGGUUUUCCAGGGUCGUCUUUUGCAAUGAACCGGAUGGCUUUGGGGCCGGGAUUCGUAAUUAUGGGGGCAAUUAUGUUAGGACUACCAAGUAUACACUUACCACCUUCUUGCCUAAGUCAUUGUUUGAGCAGUUUAGGAGGGUGGCUAAUUUUUUCUUCUUGGUUACUGGCGUCUUGGCCUUCACUCCGCUCACUCCUUAUACAGCUGUUAGUGCUAUCAUCCCUUUAAUUAUCGUUGUUGGAGCAACCAUGGUGAAGGAGGGUAUUGAAGAUUGGCGGCGAAAGCAGCAGGAUACUGUGGUGAACAAUAGAAAGGUUAAAGUGCAUCAACGUGAUGGAGUUUUCGAUUAUACUGAAUGGAAGAACCUGAGAGUGGGGGAUAUAGUAAAGGUGGAGAAGGACGAAUUCUUUCCGGCGGAUCUACUCUUGCUUUCAUCCAGUUAUGAUGAUGCAAUCUGCUAUGUUGAGACCAUGAACCUUGAUGGGGAGACAAAUUUGAAAUUGAAGCAAGCAUUGGAGGUUACUUCAGACUUGCAUGAGGAUUCCAACUUCUGUGACUUUAAAGCUAUUGUUAGAUGCGAAGACCCCAAUGCACAUCUGUACUUUUUUGUUGGAAGUAUGGAGUUUGAAGAGAUGCAAUAUCCCCUGUCUGCUCAACAAGUUCUUCUCAGAGACUCUAAACUCCGAAAUACAGAGUACAUAUAUGGGGCUGUUAUCUUCGCCGGUCAUGACACAAAGGUUAUGCAAAAUUCUACUGAUCCCCCUUCAAAGAGAAGCAAAAUUGAGAAGAAGACGGACAGAAUUAUCUACUUCUUGUUCUGUGUUUUAUUUCUGAUGGCAUUUGUUGGAUCUGUUCUCUUUGGCAUUGCAACUGAAGAUGACUUAGAAAAUGGGAGGUCAAAAAGGUGGUAUCUUAGACCAGAUGAUUCUACAAUUUUCUUUGACCCCAAAAGAGCACCAGUUGCUGCACUUUUUCACUUUCUGACAGCCCUAAUGUUAUAUAAUUACUUUAUUCCAAUCUCCUUAUAUGUGUCGAUAGAAAUUGUCAAAGUUCUUCAGACCAUCUUCAUCAAUCAAGAUAUUAACAUGUACUAUGAAGAAGGUGACAAACCGGCAUAUGCCCGCACCUCAAAUUUGAAUGAGGAACUUGGCCAAGUUGACACGAUACUUUCUGAUAAGACUGGAACUUUGACCUGCAAUUCAAUGGAGUUCAUCAAGUGUUCCGUGGCUGGGACAGCUUAUGGUCGUGGUGUCACAGAGGUUGAGAGGGCUAUGGAGGGAAGAAAAGGCUCGCCUGUGGGUAAGGAAAAUGUAAAUGGAUUCAACAACAUAAAGGAUACUACAAAUUCAAAGUCACCCAUAAAAGGCUUCAAUUUCAAAGAUGAAAGGAUCAUGAAUGGAAACUGGGUUAAUGAGUCUCAUGCAGAUGUCAUUCAGAAGUUUCUUCGUGUGUUGGCAAUCUGUCAUACUGCCAUACCUGAAGUGGAUGACGAAACGGGGAAGGUUUCAUACGAAGCUGAAUCUCCAGAUGAAGCAGCAUUUGUGAUUGCAGCAAGAGAACUCGGUUUUGAAUUCUUCAUACGGACCCAGACAAGUAUAUCACUAUAUGAGUUGGAUCCAGUGUCUGGCAACAGAGUUCAAAGGUCGUAUAAACUUCUGAAUGUUUUAGAGUUUAACAGCUCAAGGAAGCGGAUGUCCGUGAUAGUAAGAAAUGAAGAAGGACAAAUACUAGUACUUUGUAAAGGUGCUGAUAGUGUCAUGUUUGAAAAUCUUGCCAAGAAUGGUAGGGAGUUUGAAGAGGAGACCAGGGAGCAUGUGAACGAGUAUGCUGAUGCAGGCCUGAGGACCUUGAUACUUGCCUAUCGUGAACUUGAUGAAGAAGAAUACAAAGAGUUCAAUGCAAAAUUCACUGAGGCAAAGAAUUCAGUUAGUGCAGAUCGGGAAACAUUGAUUGAUGAAGUAUCAGAGAAGAUUGAGAGGGAUCUAAUUCUUCUUGGUGCAACUGCUGUUGAGGACAAACUCCAAAAUGGGGUUCCUAAUUGCAUUGACAAGCUUGCCCAAGCGGGAAUCAAGAUUUGGGUUUUGACUGGAGAUAAGAUGGAGACUGCCAUCAAUAUUGGUUUUGCUUGUAGUUUGCUUAGACAAGGAAUGAAGCAGAUUGUAAUCAAUUUGGAGAGUCCCCAAAUUCAAGCGUUGGAAAAGGCAGGAGAUAAGGCUGCCAUCACCGAGGCAUCGAAGGAAAGUGUUGUACGUCAGAUAACUGAAGGGAAGGAUCAGCUUACUUCAUCAAGUGGGAGCUCUGAGGCAUUUGCUUUGAUCAUUGACGGGAAAUCGCUUGCUUAUGCUUUAGAGGAUGAUAUGAAGAACACAUUUCUAGAACUUGCAACUGGUUGUGCAUCUGUUAUAUGCUGCCGCUCAUCACCAAAACAGAAGGCGCUGGUUACAAGACUAGUAAAAUCUGGAACGGGGAAAACGACGUUAGCGAUUGGUGAUGGUGCCAAUGAUGUGGGAAUGCUUCAAGAAGCAGAUAUAGGAGUUGGAAUUAGUGGUGUUGAAGGAAUGCAGGCGGUCAUGUCAAGUGAUAUUGCAAUUGCACAGUUUCGAUUUUUGGAGCGGUUGCUACUUGUGCACGGACAUUGGUGCUACAGAAGGAUCUCAUCAAUGAUAUGUUACUUCUUCUACAAGAAUAUCACAUUUGGUUUCACUCUCUUCUUAUAUGAGGCGUAUACAUCAUUCUCUGGGCAACCUGCAUACAAUGAUUGGUUUUUGUCACUCUAUAAUGUUUUCUUCUCAUCCAUUCCGGUGGUUGCUAUGGGAGUUUUUGACCAGGACGUUUCUGCAAGGUAUUGCCUCAAGUUUCCUCUAUUAUACCAAGAAGGGGUGCAAAAUGUCCUUUUCAGCUGGCGCCGAAUACUCAGCUGGAUGUUAAACGGGUUUUGCAGUGCCAUAAUCAUUUUCUUCGUCUGCACAAAAUCGCUGGAGCUCCAGGCUUUCAAUAAUGACGGACAAACUGCCGGGAGGGAUAUUUUAGGGGCAACAAUGUAUACAUGCAUUGUUUGGGUUGUAAACUUGCAGAUGGCACUCACUAUAAGUUACUUCACCUUGGUGCAACAUGUUGUCAUCUGGGGUUCGAUUGUUUUCUAUUACAUUUUCCUCUUGGCAUAUGGAGCCAUGUCUUCUUCCUUUUCUACAACUGCUUACAAACUCUUCGUUCAGAACCUUGCCCCAGCCUCUUCUUAUUGGCUUGUCACUCUUGUCGUGGUGAUCUCAACCCUAAUACCAUACUUCUCGUACUCAGCAGUUCAGAUGCGCUUCUUUCCUAUGUACCAUGAAAUGAUACAGUGGAUAAGGCAUAAUGGCCAAUCAAAUGAUCCCGAGUAUUGUGAUAUGGUGCGGCAGAGCUCGUUACGAACAACUACUGUCGGCUCCACAGCGCGCUUGGCAGCAAGGACAAACCGCUUGAGAAAUAAGAACAAUAACAAAAGGUGAUAUUUGUGAAUUUGUUCUUUGAUGGUUAGCUGCCAAAAAAUGCCGGUCGGAAAUAUCUGGCAGACCUUAGAAAUUUGGCGGCCGGAUAUGACUCCAUCUGAUAUGAGCUAUUUAUUGGUUCUACUUGGAUCAGAGGUACGACACAGAGAUUACCGUUGCAAGAUGACUGUGUACAGUAGCAUGACUCACCUGUAGCAUAUCUUAGGGAAAAAAUUCCCCGAAAUAUUUGAAGUUUUUGCCUUUGCCCAUAUGAAGCCAUGUAUUUUGUAUUUUUGUGUUAGUUAAUGUCAUACAGAAAGGAGUAAAUUCAAUGUAGGAUUGGACAUUGAUGCUAGCUUAUUACAAUACGAGAAUAGAGCCUACCCUGUUCUUCCUGUACUAUUUCUUUUCAGCUCUUACAAAAUACAGUUAUAUAUAUAUGUUCCUUCUUUGUCCA